AUGAACGGGGUCUACUCACUCAAGAAAGUAACGCUGGCCCCUUAUAUAUCCGAGGUGCAAAAGCUAUUGAACUACUUUGCCGACGUGACUAUAACCCAUAUUGGCCGCAAUAACAACAAACACGCCGAUUGCCUAGCCACAUUGGCCUCGAAGCUUCAAUAUGAAGGAUUGGAAGAAACUUUGAUUGUAAGGAGAGGGACUGUAGCGUCGACAUGGCUUGCAGAAUCUAAAGAUGAUGAAACUGACGAUUGGAGGACUCCAAUCGUUCAAGAGCUAAACAGUUCACUCUCCCAAGGAAAGGUCAGUCUCAAAACUCUUCAAAGCUUUUUCAUGCUUCACGGAGUGUUGUACCGCCGGAAUCCAGAUGGGUCUCUGUUGAGAUGUCUUGGAGACGAGGAAGCGCAACUACAACUUAACCGUAUUCACGAGAUUUUCGGACAAACGUUGGUAGUGACUUUUUACCGACGUCUUCAACGCCUUGGCUUCUACUGGCCGGAUAUGGAGACUCAAUCUCGAUCACUCCAGGGGUCUUGCUCCAAUUGUCAACUACCUCCACAUCAAUUGGAGGUUUUCAACAUAGGCCCCGCUAGUGACUGGCAAGAGCCGUAUAUCAGUUACCUUCGUGACGGAGUACUCCCGGCCAGCAAGAAGGAUGCAUCCAAAAUGAAGCAACGAGCCAAAAGAUUCGUAUUUCAUGAAGGAAUCCUGUACCGCAAAAGAUUUGGAGGUUUCCUAUUACGGUGCCUGGCCAAGUUGAAAAUCUCGAUUCUGAUGAAGGAAAUGCACGAAGGUGAACACCAGGGAAAGAAGAAGCUAUUUCUCCAUAUACAUGAGAAAUACUACUGGCCAACCAUGAAAGAAGAUGCCGCUGCGUUUGUUCAAAGAUGCAACGAAUGUCAAAUCCAAGGAAAUCUUAUUCAUGCACCUUCUACUCCUUUACACUCGGCGUAUCGGACGGCACCUAGGAGUUCUACUGGCGUUUCCCCUUACUCACUCGUCUAUGGCGCGGACGCGAUUCUCUUGACAGAGAUAAAAAAUCCGUCAGCCAGAAUUGCAGCAGCAAGUGGGGUCCACUGGAAUGAAACCGAAGCAUCGUGCUCCAGGAUUGUCGAGUUAGAUGCCCUAGACUCCGGGAGAGAUAAAGCAGAGGAACGUACUCAAAUAUACAGGAGCAGGAUCUCCAAAGCCUACGACAAAGCUGUGAAACCACGAAUUUUCAAAGUGGGAGAUUUAGUUUUGAAAACAUCCAAGCACAUACAACAAGACAUGUCAGCAUCAAAAUUCUCUCCAAAAUGGGAAGGUCCCUAUGUGAUCACCAUGGCUUACAGCACUGGCUACUACAAGAUUAUUAAAGAGGAUGGAGGUAAAUUGGAAACAGUCAUCAACGGAAAAUGUCUCAAGGCAUACUACGCCUGA